AAUACAUCAGCUCACUUCUAUACUUACCGUUUGAAAAAAUUCAGUCAGACUGAAUAAUUCAGCUGUGAAAAAAUGAAUCCAUUGAUUUUUUCUAUUUUGUGUGUUUUCGUAACAGAAGUUCGAUCGAAAAAAGCUUUACUUUUCAAUUUGAAAACCAGAGCCUUGGACGACGUUUGUCAUGAUGAAAAUGGAGACAAAAAAUGUCCCUCUUAUUUAACCGCAUGCCCUGCUUCUACUCCUCAAGAGAAGCAAUUCAACAAAAAUAUCUCUCUUUCCAAACACUGUGUUUUCUCGCGGCUUAUUUAUGCGGAAAAUGAAUCUGAGAGGAACAUUAUUUUGAAUUUUUGUGAAAAGUCAUUCCAGCCUGUGAUGUUGUAUGAUUCAAAGGACGAUGAGUACGAAAUCGGAUAUGAGCUUUAUUUUGAAGAUGGAAAAAUUAAUAUGACGGAUGAAACCUAUGAUAAUUAUAAAUCGGUGAUUAGGAAAAAGUCCAAAUAUGAAAUUAAGAAUCAAACAAUACCUGUCAACGCAUCCGAAUUUGUAACUAGAUACGAAGAUGAGAAAAACGUGAAAUUCAAUUUCACUGACCGAUCGCGGACGCUGGUCUUUUUUUGGAUAGAAGUUCUGUCUAUAAAAUGUUCGAAGCACAGAAAACGCACCAAAAUUGAUUAUUCGUAUGAACUGCGUUCAUUACUCACUAAACCUUUGAAUGAUCAUUGCGAAAAUUAUGAACUCAGCGACGAUAAUGUAUACUCAAAGGAAAAUCAGAAAAAAUGUUUAAAGGACAUUUUAGCUCCUCCUGAUUUAUUUGAAGGAAAUCCUGAUUUAUCUUGUGGACAACCUUAUGGCUGCUUGAGUAGAUCACAAAUUAUACCGCUGUGGUAUUUCAGCUCAAGCUCAGCUAGGCUUGCCAGUUGCUCGCACAUGAACAUCAUACCUGUUUGGAAAAGCAUCGCAGAUGGAAAUUUAAGGAGAGUUGACCUUUACCUGGUUGCAGCUGUUCGGCACAUGUAUGGAGACGUGAUUUUUGGAGUGAGUGGCGUUUUAAAAAUGAAAACAUCAACCUGCAGCAAUGUAACCCGAAAAAUGUUCCUAUCAACUUCCAAACACAAUCGAGUUAUAACAAUUCCGAGAAUAAUAUACAGAAUUUUUCGAAUCAGUUCGAGGAAAGAGGAUUACUCAGAUUAUUAUGUUGCCGUAAUCAUAAUCCAUAAUGAUCCCGCUGCUGACCCAGAAACUGAUAAACUGUGUACGGAUACUCUAUCAGGAUGGGAUAAAAUAAUCAACAAUGAUACGAAAACAGGGUUAACAUACGUGUGCCCUAUGUCAUCCGAACUGAAUAAAAAAUUGGGCGCUUAUGAUGAAAUUACGAUGGGUGAAAUAGAACCCUUGAAUUUGGACGCGGUUCCCUAUUAUCAGAGUUAUACGUACCCGUGCGAAUACGAAGAUGAGGCGGAAGCAGUUAAUUCAGACUUUGAAGAUUUAUUAAAACAGUAUCCGAAAUGAAUUCCCAUCGUACAUAUUAUGGUAUAGUUGUUAUGUGUAAUACGUAGUCAUGUGUAGAUACUAGGUAGCAGUCAGCUUUUUGUUUCGGAGGUAUACAUUUCAUUCACUAAAUUCUGCUGAAAAAAAUUUCAAUAAAAAUAGACAAGGCUCGUU